AUGAACGCUGGACAGAACCCAGACCCGCUUAAAGAUCACCCCCGUUAUGCGAAAGUUCAGCCCCUUAGUAGCGGGUCCUUUGGCUUUGUCCAUUUAUGCAAGGAUCUGGUGACGGGAGAGCUUGUGGCCAUCAAAUUCUUGGAGCGUGGAGAACGCGUUAACAAGUAUGUGGAGACGGAGGUCUUGAACCACCGGAUGCUCCGGCAUCCGCACGUUAUUGAGUUCAAGGAAGUGUUCCUGACACCCGAGUACAUUUGCAUAUGUAUGGAGUAUGCUUCCGGGGGCAACUUGUUUGGUUAUGUGCAACGCGCGGUCCGGCUCAAGGAGCCGGCUGCUCGCUGGUUCUUUCAACAGCUCUGCAUCGGUCUGGACUAUUGCCACCGACGAGGUGUGGUCAACCGGGACAUAAAGCUGGAGAACACGCUGCUGACUAUGGUACCCGGGCUGCCGUUGCCGCUGCUCAAAAUUUGCGACUUCGGCUACAGCAAGGCGCAUUUCAUGUCGGCGCCAAAGUCCAAAGUCGGCACGCUAGCCUACAUGGCGCCGGAGGUCAUCCGCGCCACUGACCAGUAUGCGGGCCAGGCAGCUGACAUCUGGAGCUGCGGUGUCAUGCUGUAUGUCAUGCUGUUCGGGGCGUACCCUUUUGAGAGCCCACAGAGCAGGCACCAGCAGGCCCGCAUGGACAGCAUGAUGCAGCGCAUUCUGCGUAUGGAGUGGAGCAUCCCCGCGGAUGUGGAGGUAUCCCCGGAGUGCCGUGACCUGCUGUGCAAGCUGCUGGUGGGGGACCCCCGCCACCGCCUCACCAUGAGCCAGAUACAGUCGCACGCCUGGUUCCUGACCAACCUGCCUCCGGACGCCCUGGCCAUGAACAACAACUUCCUGGCCCACACGGACUACACGGGGGUGCAGAGCGAGGAGGACAUCAAGCGGGUGCUGGCGUCAGCCGUCAUCCCUGCACCCACAUCCAGGUGUGCGUGUGUGUGCGUACGCUCAACUCACAAUGUCAUAUAA